CGUCACAUCACGCCCCCGCCCACAUUUGGUCACAUGGUUGUGACGUCAAGGCCUUUUGGAAGCUCCGUUCUAUAUUCUACCAUAGAGCCUUGUCAGGUUUGCAGUAGUAGCAGAUAUGGCAAUAGAUCUCCUCAUGAAUUAGUUCCUGUCAUCGAAACACUGCAUCAUGGGUAGUCCCUGUAACAGCUUAGCUCGAGAAUUCUUAACUGAUGUCAACCAACUCUGUAAUGCUGGGGUGCAAGGAGCAGAGUCAAGGGAUGAAGAAGAAGAAGAAAACCAUAUGGCUGUCCUUGGAGAAUACCUCAUAAAUGGACGUGGGUUAUGGCUACUUCGUACACUGAAUGCUAGUGUUGACCAGGUAAACCAGGCUGUCCAGGAAUUAACAUGCCGAGAAGAACUGCUUACUUUAAUUUUGUCUUUACUGCCUUUGGUUUGGAAGAUUCCUGUAAAUGAAGAAAAAGCAAAAGAUUUCAAUCUUCCUCUUUUGCCGGAAUUAUUUGUGACCAAAGAUGUAAACACAAAUCCGGAAACAUCUACAGAUGCUGUAGGAGCCUCUAAUUUAGAGAUUAUCAUUCCAUUAAAACACAACCCCCCACACCGCAAAACCAAGCGAUUAAGCAGAAAUACCCAACGUUAUCCUGGAAAGGAUUCCAGAAAAUCACAUUUGUCAUCAUCAUCUGAUUCAGAUACAAAUGUUGAUGAUAAAGUAUAUCUUACAAAUAAGCAGAGGCGAUCACAGCCAGUAACAUUAUACCAUAGCAAGGAGCAUGAACAACCUGGCAGUCUUGCACAGAAUGAAGUAGAAUCCAGAGUAAAUCUUGGCACAAUGGAUUUACAUGUCUCAAAAUUGAUAUGCCUUUCAGAGGACAAUGGCAAUGAGGUUUUAAAUGAUGUAGCUGCGUUGCGAAUUGUAAAUAAUAUGGAAAACUCACCUUUUGAUCUCUGUAAUGUCUUGCUUUCGUUGCUGGAGAAAGUUUGUAAAUUUGACAUAAUGCUGAACCAUAAUUCAUCACUUGCAACUUGCGUAAUUCCCAGAUUAACAGAGUUUCUGUCUAGCUUUGGCGAGUGUUGUACUACUGAGUGGGAGUCACUUUCAGCAGGAUGGACAGAUGAACCUGUGGCAUUAGUACAAAGAAUGUUGUUGCGUACAGUCAUGCACCUUCUCUCUGUGGACAUUGGUAGUACAGACGUUAUGCCUGACAACUUGAGAAAGAAUCUUAUUGAUUUGUUAAGGACCACUUUAAAAAUUAAAUCUUGUUUAGAAAUCAAGACAGACCCUUUUGUUCCAAGAAAAAAACAAACACUUCUGGAACUACAAGCAGAAUUUAAUUUUUCAAAAUAUCGACAUCAAGCUCUGUUGUUGCCAGAGCUUCUUGAAGGUGUUUUGCAGAUUAUUCUUUCGUGCCUUCAGUCUGCUGCACCAAACCCUUUUUAUUUCAGCCAAUCAAUAGAGCUUUUGCAUGAAUUUAUACAACACAAUGGAUUUGAAUUAGUUGAAAAGACAAUUCUUCAAAUGGAAUGGUUAUAUUCCAGAGAUGAAAAUAUUACAUCACAAGCUUCUUCUCACCUCUUGAGACUUAUUAACAGUGUAAUUCAAAUAAUUAGUAUAAUCAAAAAAGUGAAAUCUGAGCAGCUUCAUCAGUCCAUGUGUACAAAAAAAAGGCAUCGGAGGUGUGAGUUUUCACAUUAUAUGCAUCAUCAUAGGGAUCUUUCAGGUCUUCCUGUUUCAAUAUUCAAGAGCCAGGUGUUUACAAACCCUUUUGAGGAAAAUGCAAAUGGUGAGGUCCAUUAUUCUGAAAGAAGUUGUUGUAUUGCUGUGUGUGCGCACCAAUGCCUACGUCUACUUCAACAAGUUUCUUUGACUCAAACAUACAUACAGAUUCUUUCUGGUAUACGUAAUGUUGGAAUCUGCUGUUGUAUGGAUCCAAAGUCUGUUCUUGCUCCAUUACUUUAUGCAUAUAAAUUACCAGAGUUAAAAAACUUUCAGCAACAUAUAAUCUCUAUCCUCACAAACCUUGUAUUGGAUCAGCUGGGGGGUGGGGAAGUUCCACCUAAUGUAAAACAAGCAACAUGCAAUAUAUGCAUUGUGGAUUCUGAUCAGUUCGCUGACUUGCAAGACACAAUUCAGGGGCGGGGCUCUGAUUCUAGUUCACUGAGCAGUCCCUCCUACAAAUUUCAAGGUAUAUUGCCAAGUGGAGGAUCUGAAGACAUGAUAUGGAAAUGGGAUGCAUUGCAAGCUUACCAAGAUGUUGUAUUUGGCAAUGACUCACAGCUUACUUUGCAAAUCUCAACCCAUAUUUGCCAGUUAAUACAGAGUGGAAAUGGAAUUGUCCAGUCAAAACUAUAUUCUUUUAUCUUUAAUGGCAUCUUGCAAAGAGGGGUUGAGAUUGCUCAUCAUUCUCAGCAUUUGGGCGUCACUACACCAUGCAGUCAGGCAUGCAGCUACCACAGCAAAUGCUUGCCACAAGAAGUUCUCAAGAUUUAUUUACAAACUUUAUCUGAACUAUUAAAAUCCAGGGUAAUAAGAGAAAUAUUUUUAAAUUCCAAUGGAUUAAAUCAGAUCACUGAACUUAUUUAUUUAGACUCUGUAAGGUGUCUCUGUUUGAAAGUGUUUGAGACUGUUAUACUUCACCUUGGAGAACAACAUACUUCUUACUUGGCAUCUGAAGUAGAUACUGGCAACAGUGAUAAAGCUGACAUCAUUAUGGUGUCCCAGACAUAUGCUCAACAAUCAUAUUCAGAUGGAUCCCAAAGCCUAAGCAAAUUCUACGCUGGUCUGAAAGAAGCGUAUCCAAAGAAAAAGAGAGAUGAACAUCAGACCAUCAACAUAAUAAAUAUUUUUCUCUGUUUGGCAUUUUUGUGUGUGAGUAAAGAGGAUGACGCUGACCCUGAGCCCUUAAAUGAAUCUGAAGACACUUCUGGUUAUGACAGCACAGCAAGUGAACCAUUAAGGAAUAUCUUGCCAAUGCUGCCUGUUGAGAGCCUGGUCUUACCAAGUUCAGAACAUAUGCACAGAGCUGCAGAUAUUUGGUCUAUGUGCCAUUGUUUAUUUGUCUCAAGUUCAGAAUUCCAAAAACAGUUUUAUAAGCUUGGAGGCUUUGACAUAUGCCAUAGCUUAAUAAUAAUGAUAAUCCAAAAAAUGUCCAGUUUCAAGGAAGGAGAUAAAAAUCUGGCAACUUUUGGGCUUGAUAAUUGGGACAGAGCUGCAAAGGAGGUCUAUUCCAUGGACCUAUCCCAAGAAAGAGCAAAAUUACCCAGAGAUCUGCAGACUCCAAGUGCUUCAGUUUUAUCCAAUUUAAGCAAACCACCUGUAGUCGUUGAAGAGUGUGAGCAACAUAUUGUGCGACUUUUUGAAACUUUGUUAGCCAUGUGUCUUCAUAGUACAAGAACAAAUGAACUGAAAGGGGAAACAGAAGGACCAUCUCAGAAUAUAUCAGCUCAAAACAUCAUUAUUGGAAUACAAGAACAUUUUUUGAAAUCACAGAUACUUCAAACCAGUCUUGCACAACCUGUUUUCGAUUGUCUUCUUCAUGUUGCUGUGCAAAGUACAACAAAUACUGACCAUUUUGAAGAACAAGUGGAAAAGGCCCAUAAAACUGAUGAGGAGUCCUUCAUUCAGACAGUGGAGCUGCCCAAAGAACCCAAUGAACUGCAGAGCUUUUUUGCAGAAGAAGAUGGCUAUGAUGCUGAUAGUGAAAGUAAUCCAGAGGAAGCAUCUGAUGAUGAAAAGAUCAUGGAAUCAGGGGACCUAAACUGUUUUAUGGAGCAACGAGAUUUGAGCAGAAAUGGAGAUUUAUUAUAUCCGGAAAUCUGUGCAUUAGAGCUGAAUUUACUCUCUGGAGACCAUACAAACUUGAGCUUAUCAACCCAUGUUUUCAAAAAGUUUUUAAGUAUAAUGAAGUUAAAGAAGAAAAAUGGAAUGCUUCUAAUUCAGCAGGGGACAAUAAAAACCUUAUUGAUGGGAUUCCAACAUAUUUUGACAAACCGUGAUCCUGGUUUCCAAGAGUGUCAGAAAGUGCUUAUUGAUCUCUUGGUUGCAUUAAUGAGCCACAGAACUUGUGCAGAUGAGCUUGUACUGUUCCUUAGAUAUUUUCUGGAAAAAACAUCACCUUUUGAAUUAAUGCUGAAAGGAAUUCUGAACAUUAUAGAGGCCAACAACAGCAUGAUGCCAGUAAAGUACAUCAUGUUUCCACUGCAGCAGAAUCCAGUUACUGGGAGUAAUAUUUCACAGAAAUCCUCUGGGAAUGCCAGUAGUAAAAUGACAGGAUUUCUAAGAAGAUCUAAGUUUUUACAAAAUAAGGAUUCUUGUGGGGACGCUCAGAACACUGUGCUCUUCUCUUCUUGGCAUAUUGCACCUAUACAUUUGCCACUUGUCGGUCAAAACUGUUGGCCACACAUGUCAGAUGGAUUCAGUUUUACUCUGUGGUUUCAACUAGAAAGUAACUUAGAAGCUAAAAGUUUGGUUGACAGAGUUCAAAAGCCAAAGAAAAAGAAAGCAUUCCAUUCACAUGCAGAAAACACAGAAAGUGAGAAGGCAUUUGGAGCUGACUACCCUGUUAUUGACAAGUUUUUAGAUGAUGGAUGUUUACAUAUCCUUUCUUUGGGUUCAAAGGCCCUAAUGCUGCAAAUAUGGGCCAAUAUAAAUACUGGACGCUUAAUUUUUAGAGUGUGUGUGGAUCCAUGUGAGGAAGUAAAAAAUGGUCUACUAGCACAUGCUGAAACAGAAGAAAAUACCUUUCUUGUUGGAAAAUGGCAACAUUUGGCUUUGACAUACAAAGAGCAAUCCGAAAAUAAGAAGAAAACCAGCAGCCAAAUAGUUUUAUGGGUCUCUGGUCAAAGGAAACAAGAGAUUUCAGUGGAAUAUUCUCAGCCACGAAAAGCAAGUUUAUCAUCAGAUAGCAACAAAACCUACUGCAUGAUUGGCCAUUACACAUCGGCACAAGAAGAGAGUUUUCAUUUGGCAGGAAGAUUGUAUUUGGGGAAUUUGCUUCUUUUUAAUGGUGCAAGAAUCGGUGCAGCAGAAGCAUUCGAUUUAUACUGUCGAGGUCCAGAUUUUACCUCUUUAAUGCCUUGUAAAUAUGGUAAAACUGUUUUAGACUAUUCCAAGUAUAUAUCUAAAGAAAUUUUAAAGAAUGAAGAAUUAAAAGCCCUUCUAAUGAACAAUAAAGAAAUUGAUACUGGUCCUCUGAUUGAAAAUUUGGCUGUUGCCUACGAUGUUUGCAGUCCAUCUCAAUAUACCAUCUAUGAGCCAGUCAUUAGGAUGAAAGGAAGUAUAAAGACUGCACCUUCACAGAGGCCAUUUAGUACAAAAGAUGUUACUAGCAACAUAUUGGAUUCUCAAGCCUUAAAGAUGAUACAACCAUCCAUCCUAAAAAACAUUCAAAGCAUUUUACAUGAACUUGGAGGCAUCGGAUCAUUUGUCUUUCUCUUUGCAAGGAUGGUAGAAAUCAGCAGCUCAGAAGAGACCCAGUCCUUGGGAUUACGCAUACUUCUGACUUUAACAAAGUGCAACCAACAGAGAAUUCAAGAGAGUGAAAACUGUACCAUUUACUCAAUUAUACAUCAAGUGUUAAUAAGACCAAAAUGCAUUGUUGGGUUUCAUGUUUUAAAGACUCUCUUCGAGGGUUGUACUGGAGAUCAAAUGCUCAACGUGUGUGAGUCUGGACAAAUAAACCUCAAUGUAGAGUCCAUUGCUGUCAUACAAGAUGUCGGGUUAUUAGAACAUUUGCUGCUAGAUUGGAAGAUCUGGUCAAAGGCAGAGACAGGUGUUUGGAAAAACCUUUUGGCUGCAUUGGAGCUUCUUAUAAGAGAUAACCACCCACAUCAAAUGUUUAACAUACAACAGUUACUGAAAGGAAGAGUGGUGCAUCACUUCUUGCUUGCUUGUCAAGUUCUCCAGGAACACAGGGAAGGACAUCUUACCUGUAUACCACAAGAAGUUUGUUUGUCGUAUAUAAAAAUAAUCGAGGAAGUGCUUGGAUCACCUCCAGAUCUGGAAAUACUGAAGCUCAUAUUUAAUUUUCUUUUAGCUGUUCACCCAGCAACCAACACAUAUGUGUGUCACAAUCCAAGCAACUUCUUCUUUUCAUUACAUAUAGAUGGAAAGAUAUUUCAAGAAAAAGUUAAAACUAUUGUAUACCAAAGACACUUUAGCUGUGGUGGAAGAUCAAGUGUUAGUCCUGGCUUUCCAAAAAGGACUCCUUCAGACAUUUCAGAUACACUGCCCAAAGUCUGGGAUGGCUCAGUAUUUUCCUCACAGCAGCGGCCAUGUCUUUCAGUAGUUGGGAGGUCACGUUCUAGAAGCCUACCAACCUCCCUUACUACUUCACCUGUUCUGCCUCCGAAACGCUUAGGAGGAAGCCUGGGUAGAAGCACCACUGACAUGACAGAUGAUAUAGAGAAUUAUCCAGCAAACCAGAAAGGAACUGGUAGUGUUGCUGGGAGUUCAGAGACCCUAAGAAGGAGAGAAGAUCAAUAUAUUAGCAGCUGUGAGUCUGCAAAAACGGUCUGUGAAUCUGAAGUGCUUCCUGUUGAUGUCGCAAACAUAGAUUAUUCAAAAGAAGAUGGAGAAUUAUCAGUGCUACAGUUUACAGAAAAUAAAAAUGAUGAAACAGAUAAUAAAUCAAGCUAUGCUAGUAGCACAGAUGAAGUUUUGCAGCGUCCUGAUCACUUGAAAGGAAUUUAUACCUUCAAAAGAGGACAAAGCAAUAUUACAAGCCUAGGCCUAGGUUUUCCUUCUAGUGGGCCAUCAUCCACUCCAGGAUGGGCAAAUCUUUCUGAUAAAAAAGGUUCUGAUGAUUGGGAUAUGUUCCCGUUCUCUCCAUUUUGUGAUCCGGGGCAGAUUAAUACAGGCAAUGUGGAUGAAAGAUCCAUGGAUGAUUGCAUUACUCAUAUUUGUUGUGGCCUUUACGAUCUCCUUCGAGGUGUUCUUCUAACCAUGCCAGAUAUCAUGCUAGGAGAUGUUCUUGACCGUGUAAUACAACCUGAGAUCUUGAUAGUUUUGGUUAAUCAUCCAUCUCCCCUGAUACAACAAGGUGUUUUAAAACUUCUAGAUGCAUACUUUCACCGUGCAUCAAAAGAUCAAAAAGAAAAGUUCUUCAAAAAGCAUGGAUUUUCCUUAUUAGCCAAUCAAUUGUAUCUUCAUCAAGGAACUCAAGGAGUGAUUGAGUGUUUUUUGGAAAUGUUUUUUAGCCGACCCGUUGGAAUGGAUGAAGAAUUUGAUGUGGAAGACAUUAAAAACACAAAUAGUUUCCGGAAGUGGAGCAUGAUUCCUGUACUGGGGCUACUGGAGAAUUCUUUAUAUGAUAUUACAUUACUACAUAAUUCUUUCUGUCUUUUGCUUCAAAUUCUCAACUCUUGCCCAAAAGUUGCAGAUAUGCUAAUUGAUAAUUAUUUGUUAUAUGCAAUUUGUAAUACAUUAGCAGCUUUAGGAGGAAUUGAAACAAGUGUUCCUUUGGAUGAAUACCUUUUGCUUGCUUGUGAUAUACAGCAACUUUUGGUUGCUGUCACCAUACAUUCUUGCAGCUCCUCAGGCUCCCAGUACUUUCGCAUUGUUGAAGAUCUGAUUAUUUUACUUGGCUAUCUAUAUGAAAGCAAAAAUGAAAAAAUGCAAAGCAUGGCAAUUUCACUGCAGUUCAAAGUUUUGCAGUCUGCCAUAGAAUUUAUUAAAACAACAGCAAAUCAAGAUUCUCAAGGUCUUGCUAGUUCAUUCCACUUUUCCUACACGCCCCAUCAUGCAAUUUACCAAAAGAGGAAAAGUAUUGCUGGUUCAUUUGCAAUGAAAGAUUCCAUUAUUCCUCGCAUUCCAAGAAAGCACUUUUGCUCCUAUGGACAUCUUCCGAUGCCCCCAUCAUACUCUAUUUUAAGCCAAGAGUCACCCCUUCAUUCACCCAAUGGAUUCACAUCAUAUACAUUCCCUGAAGAAACAGGUGCUCAUAGGUUAUCUAUUGCACAGUCUGACCCAUUAUUAAUGAAAAUGCGCUCAGUGGCAAGCAACGAGUUAACCGUGAUGAUGCAGAGAAGAAUGAGUCAAGAAAACCCAAUAAGAGCUUCUGAAUCUGAAUUUGUGCAGAGACUUCAGAGGCUGACUGUUUUAGCUGUCAAUAGGUUAAUUUACCAAGAUAUCCCUCAGAACUACACUGCCGAUCUUUGUUCAUCCGAUACGCAGGACCAAAAGAGGUUUUCCGGAUCACAGUUUGAAUCUUCUGAAGAAGAACUGCAGUUGGAUCCUUUUCAAAUUAAACAUAAAUUCCAAAAUGAUUUGUUCAAAACCAUGAUUGAGGGAAUCACGCUUUCUUUGGGUUCUAGUCGAAGCAGUUCUCCCAAACAUCAGUGGAAAACAAUACUCUGGUCCUGUAAGGACACUUUUCGAGUACAACUUGGAAGACUUCUAGUACACCUUUUAUCCCCAUCUCAGCCACUUGAAGUUCGAAAACAAGCACUUGAUAUAGUCCAAGAACCUAAACACCAAGAAAUUCUAAGAGACUGUUUAAGUCCAGGUCUACAACAUGGACCCAAGCUAGCUCUAUAUUUGUAUGAAUUAAUGCAUGAUCACAAGGAGGAAUUAACAAAAGAAGAACAGGUGGCAGGAGGACUUUUCAUAAAUGCUUUAAAAUUGACUGGCUACAGAUGUAUUCCUCCUAGUGCUCCUCCAAAACCGGAUUUAAUUAAAGCAAUUAGAGAGGAGCAAAAAAAAUAUGAGAAUGAAGAAAAUGAAAACCGAGUUGCCUGGAGGAAAACUAUUUCUAAUAAUCAACAAAAACUCUUCCAGCGUCUAGAUGCUAGAUCAAAGGACCUUUCCAAAAUUGCAGGAGACAUAACACAAAGUGUGUCAUUAUCUCAGGGCAUGGAAAGGAAGAAGGUUAUUCAGCACAUCAGAAGCAUGUACAAAGUAGAUUUAAGUGCAAGUCGUCAUUGGCAAGAACUUGUUCAGCAACUGACUCAUGACAGGGCUGUUUGGUAUGAUCCAGAGUCCUACCCAACCUCUUGGCAACUGGACCCAACCGAGGGUCCAAAUAGAGAGAGAAGACGUUUACAAAGGUGCUAUUUAACCAUUCCAAAUAAAUAUCUUCUCAGAGACAGGCAAAAAUCAGAAGAAACUGUAAAGCCCCCACUUUCAUACCUUUUUGAAGACAAAAAACAUUCCUCAUUUUCAUCUACUGUAAAAGAUAAGGCAGCGAGUGAACGUAUACGGGUUACACAAAGAUGUAUCAAUGUGGCACCAUCCAGAGAAACCUUUGGAGAACUUUUAUUAGGUAACUCAGGGAUGUAUUUUGUUGAAGAUAACGCAGGUGAUACAGUAGAAUCUACCUCUCUGCACGGUGAAACAGAAGCAGCAUCGUUUGCUUGGACGUAUGAAGAAAUCAAGGAGGUCCACAAGCGCUGGUGGCAGUUAAGAGAUAAUGCAGUAGAAAUAUUUUUAACAAAUGGAAGAACCCUGCUUCUGGCUUUCGACAACACAAAGCUACGUGAUGAUAUUUACCACAAUAUCCUUAAUAAUAAUCUUCCAAAUCUUCUGGAGUAUGGAAAUAUCACGGCUCUAACACAUCUGUGGUGUACUGGGCAGAUCACGAACUUUGAGUACCUUACUCAUCUAAACAAGCAUGCUGGGAGGUCUUUCAGUGAUUUAAUGCAAUACCCAGUGUUUCCCUUCAUUCUCAGUGAUUACUCUAAUGAAACCCUUGAUCUGAGUGAUUCAGCAAUUUACAGAAAUCUUGUUAAACCUAUUGCGGUUCAGUCAAAAGAGAAGGAGGAUCGUUAUAUAGACAAUUACAAGUAUUUAGAGGAUGAGUACUGCAAAGGAGACAGAGAAGAUGAUCCAAUGCCUCCUGUACAGCCAUAUCACUAUGGGUCCCAUUACUCAAACAGUGGGACUGUACUUCAUUUCUUAGUCAGAAUGCCUCCUUUCACCAAAAUGUUUUUAGCAUACCAAGAUCAAAGUUUUGAUAUUCCUGAUAGAACAUUCCAUUCCAUGAAUACAACAUGGAGGUUGUCAUCCUAUGAAUCAAUGACUGAUGUAAAAGAGCUCAUUCCAGAAUUUUUCUAUUUACCAGAGUUUUUGGUAAACAGAGAGGGCUUUGACUUUGGUGUGCGUCAAAAUGGUGAACGUGUAAAUCAUGUCAAUCUACCACCCUGGGCUCGAAACGAUCCCCGGCUUUUUAUCCUUAUUCAUCGUCAGGCUUUGGAGUCAGAUAAUGUAUCUCAAACAAUAUGUCAUUGGAUUGAUCUGGUUUUUGGCUAUAAGCAGAAGGGCCGUGCAGCAGUGCAAGCUAUAAAUGUGUUCCAUCCAGCAACCUACUUUGGAAUGGAUGUUUCUGCAGUUGAAGACCCUGUUCAAAGAAGAGCCUUAGAGACAAUGAUAAAAACAUAUGGACAAACUCCACGCCAAAUUUUUCAUUCUGCACAUGUGAGCAGGCCAGGUUCCAGACUUCUGAUGGAAGGCGAACUUCCUGCUGCUAUGGGACUUCUAGUACAGCUUGCAUUCAGAGACAACAGAGACACCAAUAAGGAUGUUGGUCAUCCAAGUCCAUUGCCAUGGAUUAAAGGGCUAAAAUGGGGAGAAUAUGUUGGGUCGCCUAGUGCUCCAGAUCCCAGUGUUUGCUUCAGCCAACCUCAUGGAGAAAGGUUUGGAUCCUUACAAGCAUUACCCACCAGGGCUAUAUGUGGCUUGUCAGGGAAAUUCUGCUUAAUGAUGAUCUACAGUAAGGAGCAGGGUGUUCGAAGCAUGCACAGUACAGAUAUUCAGUGGUCUGCAAUCCUUAGCUGGGGGUAUGCUGAUAACAUUUUGAGACUGAAAAGCAAACAGAGUGAACCUCCAGUAAACUUCAUACAAUGUUCAGAGUUGCAUCAGGUCACAAGCUGUGCAUGGGUGCCAGACAGUUGUCAGCUCUUCACAGGAAGCAAAUGUGGUGUCAUCACAGCAUAUUUAAAUCGUUUCACUAACAGCACGCCUUUGGAAAUUGAAGUAGAAUCACAAGCCCACUUGUAUGGACAUACUGCAGAAAUAACCAGUCUCUUUGUUUGCAAACCCUACAGUAUAUUGAUUAGUGUAAGCAAAGAUGGAACAUGCAUUAUAUGGGACUUGAACAGGUUAUGCUACGUACAAAGCCUUACAGGCCACAAAAGUCCAGUCACAGCAGUCUCUGCAAGUGAAACAACAGGUGAUAUUGCCACAGUUUGUGAUUCAGUUGGCGGUGGCAGUGAUCUGAGACUAUGGACAGUAAACGGUGACCUUAUUGGACAUGUCCAUUGUAGAGAAAUCAUUUGCUCUGUGGCUUUUUCUAAUCAACCCGAGGGAGUAUCUGUCAACGUCAUUGCUGGGGGCCUGGAAAACGGGAUUGUACGGUUGUGGAGUACCUGGGACUUAAAACCAGUUCGAGAAAUUACUUUCCCAAAGUCUAAUAAACAAAUUGUCAGCCUUACAUUUUCCUGUGAUGGUCACCAUUUAUAUACAGCCAACAGUGAAGGAACAGUGAUCGCUUGGUGUCGCAAGGACCAACAACGUCUAAAAUUGCCUAUGUUCUAUUCAUUCCUUAGCAACUAUGCAGCUGGCUGAUCCAUCAAUGCACAGUCUGUGUUGCAGUUGUUAAUUUAUAGCUUUUAUCAUGGUAGCAUUCAAAAGGUAUUCAUAAAUGAAAUGUAAUUUAUUAAGAUAAAAUGACCAAAAGUGUGAGUCUGAUUUCACACAUAUUGCUGGAUAUUAUAGUCUACUCCUAAAUAUACACAACUCGGAAAAGUAAAGACAUGUCAUUUAUUUCUAAUUUGGUUUUAAAAAAAUUAGACGGGUUUAUAAAAUACUAUGCAUAAAUAUAUAUAUAUAUAUAUAUAUAUAU